ACUUCGCCGGGUUCCUCGCCGUCCACGCCCGCCGUAUCAGUAUACUCUCCAGACGAUCCAUUUCCUCGCCGCAUAAAGUCCAAAUCAUCCCUGCGCAGUAUCCGGAGUCUCGGGAGCAGUCAUCACGACGACGACGAACAACAACAGCAACAACCCUGGGAGAGUCCCGACCAGAUCCCUGCCACUCUUGAUAAGACGCUCGUCCGCCCGUCCUUUCUCCGACAUUUAUCCCCGGGAUUGGCUGCGCGUGUGAAACAGUUGGACGGGAGUAACAAAUCGGCAGGCUCGUCUCGCAACAACCCUAGCAACAUCGGUCGGAUUCCUCAGCAGCACAUUAAGGAGCUGGACAGUCUACACCAGAACUUGUCGGUUAGGAUUGAGAGAAGGGGUCGAGCGUGGCCUGGUGCGCCUUCUAACCAGAACAUUCAAAAUAAUCAUAAUCAUAAUAAGGGGAAGAAAAGUGUGUCCAGUUUAGGUGAUUCGUUGAUGGAAGACCCUGUGCACGAGCCAGAAUCGACGGAAGCCGUAUUUUCAGAACCGGCAGAAUCGCUCCCACCACCGAGCCCUCGUCUUCCGGUCCCAGAACCCGAACCAUUAGACGAAACGCCUUCGCCAGUUGCUGACGAGGCUGAACACGACCCCCCUGCGGCCAUGGCUGUGGCUGAGCCUCUUCCGGAACCUGUGGCCCCAGAACCAGAAGCAAAUGGUUCUAACAAGGAGGAACAGACUGAUUUCGAAAAGUACAUCCAGAGCACUAGCGAAAAUGAGACGAAACCUGCCCCUCGGGCUCCUUACAAACACUCCCCCACCCCAUCGUCGAGCGCCUCGUCGAAUACGCAGUCAUACUUCAACCCCCAUGGCCUUCAUCGCUCGGAAUCGAUCUACUCGUUUUCGCGAGCCUCCUUUAGCAACCAACUUUCCCAACUUACUUCGAUUAGUCUGCCUCAACCGUCGACCCUCGAGACUACUAUCAUGCAAAUACCCAAUGCCCCCAAGGCCGUCCGGGCUUUGACGGGAGCAUCGGAGCAGAUUCAGAUUUGGAUCAGAAAGGCGUCUGACGUACUGAGUGGCAUGGAUGCCGAGGAUGACGUGGAGUGGGCGGCUGCUGGCGGCCGAGAGGGAUUGGAUGGCGUGGAUAAUGCCAUUAAGCGGUUUGAGGGCUUGGUGAAAAUCUACGUCAAGGCUAUUGAAGAGGUGCAGUUACGGGAAGAUAUCAGCGACGUCGACCCACAGGGUCUGAAGACCAUCGUCACGCAAAUGGACACCAUCUUGCAGAGCUGGGCACAGAUCAAGACGCGACUCAAGGGCGUCAAGGAACAGGUCGAGCUGGCGAUGGAAUGGGAGGAACUGUGGGCUACCGUGCUGGGUGACGUGGGCAUGGAGGUUGAGAACCUAAGCCGACUGAUCUUUGAAAUGGAGGAGAAGCGACACUGGACCAUGUCGGGGGCUGAUCAGGAGUCUCACGGUGGACUCGAUAUAAAUGAACUAGAGACUAUUGUGGAGGAAACACCGUCCGGCGGUAACAUGGCAACCAACAAACGGUUCAGCACGGGUCCGAUCUACGCAGGGCCUCCGACCUUGGAUACGCCUCUUAUCCAGACGCCCCAGGAUGACACCAACCAUUCCAACCUGAUGGCUCUUUUUGCACGAAUGCAACCGCUGCGCGCGUCUCUGGACUUCCUGCCCAUGCGGAUGUCCAUGUUCCAGUCACGGGCAGAAAGGAUCUUCCCUAGUGCUUGCGAGGAGUUGGAGGAACGGCGCAACCAGUUGGAGAACAGCUAUAAAGUGCUAGAGGCAGACGCGGAAGCCGUGCGGAAAGAGCUCAGCGAAGAUCGAUGGAUCCUGGUGUUCCGCAAUGCCGGUGGCCAGGCGCAGAAGAUGUUCGAGUCUGUUGAACGAAGUAUCGCCAAACUCCAGGAGGGCUUGGAGGCAGGCGCGCAAACGAACAACCCAGCUGGGUUGACGAAACGGAUCGAGAACUACGAGGCUAAAAAGCUACACUACGUAUCGGCAAUCGAGCGUGUCACUACUAUCGUGCAAAAGGGUGUCAGCGAUCGACUUACAGUGAACGGCGAGACGUUGAGGCUGUUGUCUGAUAUGAAAGCGAGGACUGAUGCGCUGAAAGCAGGCAUCAAGGUUAUGGAUGCAACGUUGGAGGACAUCAACUUCGUCAAGACGCAGCAACUGCGUGACUCCAUCUCGAGUAUUGUCACCAUGGAUAGCCCGGCCACCAACAGUAUUCCUGAUACCACGCCGGGUAGCUCUCCUGCAUCGUCUGUCAUUCUUUCCGGAAGUGCUACUACUCCCAUGGGCUCAUCCAGCCGUCGUGGUAGCUCAGUAGGCAGCGUGGCCCGGUCAACCAUGUCCAAGGUCCGACGAAUGUCCGGUCUUCCCCAGCCCGCACCCACUACGACGGGUAAGAAAACGGCUAUCCCCAAGCCUUCGCUUGCGGCGCCCCUGCCUAAUUUCGCUGCUACGCCUACUCCUGCGUCGCGCAGGCAAUCGCUCCGUCCGACUCCAUCACCGUUGAACAACCGUCCGCGCUGGACCAGCAGUACCAACACCAAGGAUUUGGACAUCGGCCAUACCCACAAGCCCUUCUCUAGCGUCAACCCUGCCAAUCGCAAAUCCUCCGCUCCUCCAGGCCGCAUCUCGCGACCUUCUUCAACAAUCCCAUUCAGUCCUUCUCGUCGGGACUUCUCCGCAUCCCCUGCACCGCCUCGCUCCGUGAGCCGCUUCUCUUCCAGAUUCUCGCGCAGUCCCGGACGCUCUGAAUCUCCCACCCCACGCUCCAUCCUUGAUCCACCGCCAUACAGCAAACUCCGGAAAUCCUCUGGCCAAUCGGAGGCCGAGUAUGUUAACGCCCCUCGCAACAGGCAGAGCUUUGCCGGCUCGUUCGCGCGGAGUGUCUCGCGCGACCCUGGCGUAGCGAGGCUUAGCAGCCCGACGAAGGGCGAUCGACCUGGUACAUCGCUUGGUCAUUCAGGGAACCAUCGCAUCAGCUUGCUUCCGCUGCCUAAACCGAGUGGGCGUGAUAGUGCUGCGGGGAUGCGGAGUAGACAGGAGCAACGUCCGCGGUGGCGGUGA